CAGCUCCAGCUAGUUUUCAUAGUCAUGUCUAAAUUGAACGAUUUCCGUCUUUUAUCCUUCGACGUCUACGGCACCCUCAUUGACUGGGAAACCGGCAUCCUCGACUCGCUCCGUCCGAUCCUUCUCAAGAACAACCAAACAUGCCGGAAUGAUGUCCUAGCCGUUGUUCACGGAUGCGAAAACGAGCAGAUGAAGAAAACUCCCGAUAUGAAAUACUCGGAACUACUCAACACCAUUCACCCGCAUAUCUGCCAGAAGCUAGAAUGUGUGCCACCAACUGCAGAAGAGUCUCAGGCAUUCAGCCAAAGAAUCGGAAUGUGGCCUGCAUUCCCUGAUACAGUAGAUGCGUUGCAGCGGCUAUCGAAACACUACAAACUCGUGGUCUUGUCGAAUGUCGACAACGAAUCCUUUGCCUACACAAAUGAAGGGCCUCUGGAGAAGUUCGCCUUCGACGCGAUUCUCACUGCGGAAGAUAUUGGGUCGUACAAACCGGACCCUCGGAACUUUGAAUAUCUAUUCAAGUACGUGAAAGAGCAUUUUGACAUCGAGAAGAACUGUAUUCUUCACACAGCACAGAGCCAACAUCAUGACCAUCAUGCGAUCAAGCCGUUUGGGGUCAAAUCGAGUUGGAUUGCAAGGCAGGGGGCAAGAACUGGUGAUAAGGGAGAUGAGGUUUAUGAUUGGAAGUUCUAUACCCUCGGGGAGAUGGCGGAUGCCCUGGAGAAGGAACUGGAAAGUCAAUCGUUGUGAGCGUUCUCCAUGUAUUACCACUGCUAUCAAUCCAUGAAAACCACGAGGAGCUAUAUUCUUGGCACUACUAGGUUACUUAUUCCGGUGGCAUUGCUGGUAAAGGAUGGAGAUUUCUUGCGCGUGGAGCUGGAGGGCAAUGGAGGACAUAGCCGGACGCCAUCAACGCCCUGAACCCUGCAUGUGUCCUAGAAAAUCCUCCUAUACCAUUCUCAGUAG